GCCGUCGAUUAAGCAAUAUAUCUAGGAAAGAUAAACAACUAUCUUUCUCUUCUACAGACAUAACAACAUCUAGGCAGAUACCACCUACCGUUUCCUAUAAGAAUGACAAUCAAAUGAAAGCCACAGAAGAAUGCUGUCAUGACCGAAGAAUGAGAAAGGAGAAUGAACCUUUUUCAGCAAAG